AUGGGAUCUUCUAGUUCCGAUAGCGAAGAAGAACGCAAAUAUCGUAAACACAAGAAAAAGGAGAAGAGAUCCAAAAAGUCCAAAAAGGAGAAAAAACACAAAAAAGAAAAAAAGCAUAAACGCCACCGUCGAACGCGCUCGUCCUCGUCAUCCAGCACGGGAAGCGAAAGUGACGAAUGGGUUGAAGCUUUACCAACUGUGGAAAGCAGAAAGGAUGUCAAGGAAACAUCGGCACAACUUCCUCCAGUAAAGCUUGAGCGAGAAGAUUGGAUGAAUAGUAUGCUGAUUCCAACUUACACUAAGGAACCCAAAAAAGAGGAAAAGAAAAACCAGCCGAACGAUCAGUACGAUCCCAAAACCAGCGUCCGUGAGCUCAAUCCGUACUGGCGAAAUGGUGGCACCGGGUUGCCAAGCUUUCGUAGACCGGCAGUUGACGAUGAGGAUAAUGAUGAGGGCGUUCGGCAGCACCGGACGUCCGAUGCGCAGCAACAGAGUCGAACGAGCAGUGCUGGAUGGAAAAAAUCCACUAAAGAAAAGCAACAAUUUUCGGAACGUGAGAGCGAGGUAAAGGUUGAAAAAGCAACCGAAAGUGUCUCUAAACCCGUUCAUGUGGAAGAAGAAUUUCUAACCGACGAACAGUUGAAUGAGCUGGGAGCUAAAAUAAUUAAAGCGGAACUGCUGGGUAAAAGUGAACAGGCGGAAAGUUUGAAGCUAAAGUUAGAGAAAGCUAAAGCGUAUCGUAGCGAAAUGCAAGACAAGAAAAGGGAGCCAAGAUCGACCCAAGAUACGGCCAACCAAAGGCGAAGGAAAAGCUCCGAAGACACAGUUACGUAUGUUACGGGCAAACAGAGUAACGAUGGGCAGCGAGCGAAUGCUAAAAAGCAAAAGCGCUAUCAGCAAAAUCUACCACCCGGAUCGGAUCUGGCGGACAAAUUUCGUUCCGAGCGAGUCGAGAACGACAACAUGGAUGCACAGUUCUUUAAAGUUUCCUCAAAGCUGGGUGACGGAAAACGGUUGGAGAACAUAUUUGACCAUCAAAAGGCUUCCACCUCCGGGACGGGUGAUUUGGAUUCGAUCGAGGAACGUACGGUUCGUGAUAUGAACCGAAUGUCCAAGGCACAGGCAGAUUGUGAACGUUGUGUAAACUCGACAAAGUUUGGCCACGAGCAGCUAAUUUCGAUGGGCAAAAAUGUUUAUCUGACCAUACCGACGUGGCGUGCCUUGCAACCGAAGCACUGCUUUAUUGUCCCCGUUGGCCACUAUCCGUGCUUAACGCAGGUGGAUGAAGAUGUACAUCAGGAGAUAGUCGACGUGUGCAAAGCGUUGGUUCGCAUGUUCCGCAAGCACCAGAUGGAGGUAAUAUUCUUUGAAACCGUGCGCUAUCUGAACCGCAAUCCUCACAUGUACAUCCAGUGUGUACCGGCGAAAGACUUCGAGAUGGCACCGUUUUAUUUCAAAAAAGCCAUUCUAGAGUCGGAAACUGAGUGGGCCAUGAACAAAAAGCUGCACAACGUAGACGGGUUUAAUGUGCGGCGGACGGUUCCGAAAGGUUUGCCCUACUUCUGGGUAAACUUUAACAUGGAAAAUGGGUUUGCACACGUUAUUGAAGAUCAGGAAAUGUUUCCGGUUACCUUUGCGACGGAAACAAUUGCCGGCAUUCUUGGUUUGGAUACCAGAGAUUGGCGAAAACCUCGGAAGGAAAUGAAUCCGGCACAGAGAGUCGACGAGUUUAAGCAGUGGUGGCGUGAAUAUGAUGCAGUUCUACAGACAAAAUAA